AUGGUGGCAAUGGCAACGGACAGUAUCAAGCGGAAAGCAUCGGAGGAGGCCCUUUCCCCAGAUUCCCAACAACAGAGCAAGAAAGCGCGCACAGAUUCCCCGGAAAGGGAGCCAAAGGCUGAGGAUGAACCGUUGGGAAAGCCGCCGCUGCGAAUCGUCCCUUUUCCCGAGAAGCCCGCCGUACUUGAGGAGCGUCGAGGAGAGAUCGAAUUCCGGGUAGUCAAUAAUGAUGGCUCGCGCGACAGUUUCGUCGUCCUCACCGGGUUGAAAUGCAUCUUCCAAAAACAACUACCGAAAAUGCCCAAGGAUUACAUCGCGCGACUGGUCUACGAUCGAUCGCAUCUGUCCAUGGCUAUCGUGAAACACCCGUUGGAGGUUGUCGGGUAUGUGCGCCCGACGUUGCCGAGCUCGGGGACAUGGUCUUACUGA